AUGUUCCACUGGAAUCUGUCCAUACGGUCAUUCAUCUUUGUAGCCGACCCACCUCGGCUUGGACCACAUAACAAGUACCGGAUAUUCGAUGCCACCCCUUGGACCUGGACACGUGGAUUAGUUGAACCCAUCUACCAUAUUAAACUCAACGUCUCUACUCCCGCUCCCAUGGAAUUGUCACCAAAAACCAGGUCCUGGCUGGCAUUUGAAGGUUCUAUCACUGGUCUCACCCCUACUGGUGCCAUUAACAUCAACACUACCAGGUCUAAUUAUUACACGGAAAUUCCUGCGGACUAUCGUCACGCUAACAUUGAAAUUUGUGGGCAUGUGAUCAGACAUGAGUUUGAAAAUAACUCCUGUUGUACUGUAUCUAUACGUGCUGUCCCUGACCUACACUUAGUCUUGUACCCCGGUACUGAAUCGGUCAAAUGUUCAUUAUCACAAUCAAGUGCUGGGCAAACGAUGUGGAUCAGUGGAUUCAUAAUCCAGAAAAAGCAUGGGACUUUUGAUGUCGAGGUCAAGACUGUUAUCUUGGACCAAGAAAAAGAGCCAUGUCUGUGAACUGGCCCCUAUUCCAAGCCCUUCCCACCAAAUUUUAUCAAGACUUCGGGAGGUGAUUCAUGUACCAUUAGCAUAUAUAGUCUCAUCGCCAAAUUUGUAUCUCUUCACAUGUCUUGUAAACAUCUGGGACUGCCCUGUAGUCGCUUACCCUCAGAGA